AUGAUGGAAAACGUUGAAAAGCAACAAGCUGAAUGGUUGAAAAUUCAUGCUGAAAAUUUUGAAUAUGAGAUUAAAAAGCUUCGCGCUGUUGCGAAAGAACGCCAUGAAAUUUUUGUUGACCAAUUAGAGAAAAGUCAUUAUGUUCCUCAUGGCAAAGUUGAUAUAGUUGCUGAUGCAAUUUCCAACAUCAAGGAAUCAGUUUUGCAAGCAUCUCUUUCAAACCAAUCAUCUGUUUCCCAAGAAGCAAGCACUCAUAUGAUUUCGUCUAUUGAAGCAAAUCUCAAAAAGGAACUGGCUCCCAUCCUUGAGUUGGUUCUUAUUUUACUAACAAAUGCUCCACCAGCGAAGCAAGUGCCACAAGGGGGAGAAAAAGGAUGCAGAGGAGUUGGAUCUUCAAAAGUUGUUGAUAAGGGUGCAGUUGUUGGGAAGGUUAUUUCUACACAAAUAUCCACUUCACUUCCAGUUUCUUUGAUAACAACUUUUACAACUACAACAACAAGACCUAUAUUAAAAGGGAUUGUUAUUGGCGAAAGUGUUGGAGGUUUGGUAUCAAGUUCUAAACCACCUCCUUCAAAAGAAAGUCAAGGGGAUAAAGGGAAAGGUGUUAAGAUAACUUUGUCUGAAGAAGAAAAGAAGAAGAAAUUAAAGAUGGAGAUCGAAAGACAAACACAGAUCAAUAGUAUUUUGAGGCAAAGACAGAAUGAUCCUCCAGGCUUGCACAAGGGAGAUCCUAAUAAGCUCUAG